GAACUGUUUUUCUCUAACACUAUGUUUGGUUCGAAGAAUUUGGAAAAAAAAGAAAAGUAAACGAGUUCCUCUCAUUUUCUUCAUUAAAAUAAAAGAAUUUUGUUUUUUCAUCUUUUUAGUAAUAUUUGUGUUCUUGUUUUCUUUUCUUUUUUUUUUCUCUUUUCAUUUUAUUUUUUUUCUCCUUCAAAUUGUAAAGUUUUUUUCAAGGAUGGACCUGAAAGUGGUCAAGUGGAUGAGGUUGGAAGUCUCAAUGCAAUCGGUUCUCCCUUCUUUACGAAGAACGGCGUCAUUGCUGGCGGCGAGGAUGCCGAUCCCUAACCCUAUCCGCCACUGCCUCCACGGUCCCGGCAUGAAACCCCCCUCGGAGCCGCCGCCAGCGGCGGCGAAAACAUCCCCUUUCUUUUCAAAUUCAAAUAUAUCUCUCUCGUGCCCGACUCAUAAUGCGGCCAUAUCCAAAGUCUUCUCUUCAAAAACCGCUGCGAGAUCCUUUCCGACGGCGGCGGAAUCGAGAGGUGAGGCGGUGGAAUCUGGAACGGAUCCUAAUCUGGUAGUUGUUUCUUUCUAUAAGUUCGCAGAUUUUCCCGACCAUGCUGAGCUUAAGAAACCAUUGAAGGAGCUCUGCGAGCAACUGCGUGUGUCAGGUGGUAUUAUUCUUGCACCAGAAGGAAUAAAUGGAAGCAUAUGUGGCACAAGGGAAUCUGUGGAAGAGGUUCUUGCUUUCAUUCAACGUGAUAAACGCCUCAAGGGACUGAGACGGGUGGAGUCUCCAGUGAGUCCUGAGGAAGAGGCUAUUCAUCAUGGACAUACAAGCAGGUCCCCUCUUGCAGCGGGUGAGGAUGCUCCGUUUCGAUGGGAUCACGUUAGGGUUAAGCUUAAAAAAGAGAUAGUCACACUUGGGAUGCCAUCUGUUUCACCAAUUGAAAGAGUUGGCAAGUAUGUUAAGCCAAGGGAUUGGAAUGCAUUGAUAAGUGACCCGGAUGUCGUUGUUAUUGAUGUGCGGAAUGACUAUGAAACUAGAAUUGGCAAGUUCAAAGGCGCGGUAGAUCCACGAACCUCUGCUUUUCGGGAUUUCCCCUCCUGGGUUGACAAUCACUUUGAACUUGGAGGAUCCGAAGACCAGACGUGUUCCAUUGGCUCAAUUGAAUUGUCAGAAACACCACUUGUGGAAAGGGAAAAGAAGCCACUUCCCAAGGUGGCAAUGUACUGUACAGGUGGAAUUCGCUGCGAGAAAGCUUCAAGUUUUCUCCUAAGAAGCGGGUUUGAAGAGGUCUAUCACUUGGAAGGUGGGAUUUUGAAGUACCUUGAGGAAGUCCCAGAGGGCGUUAGUCUCUGGGAAGGGGAAUGCUUUGUGUUCGACAAACGGGUCUCGGUCGAACACGGGUUGUCGCAAGGCACUUUCAAGCUCUGCUACGGGUGCAAAGAACCCGUGAGCGAUGCUGACAUGGAAUCACCAGAGUGGGAGUUUGGGGUCUCUUGUCCCUACUGUUUUUCGACGAAAUCUGAGGAGGAAAAGGAUAGGGCUCGAGCUCGGCAGAGGCAGUUUGAGAGAUGGGGCAUUCUUGGCGGCCCGGAUAAGGGCCGGAAACAGAGAAGCAGGGAGCAGAGCCCUCCUGCUACCCAGAUGUGAGCCUCGUUUGGGAACAACGUUUUUACAUU